AUGGUUGGGUCUGCACCCGGGCUAGAUACCCGCUAUCGUACCACGACGUUCCUGUUGUCAAACCUCCAUUGUGCCUCUUGCGUGUCGAACAUUGAGGAGGCUCUUUUCAGGCUUGGCCCAAUGUCUAGUUCGGUAGAUAUAUCUAUCGUCUCUCAGACGGUCACGGUUCGCCACCAUCCAUCUCUACCGGAGUCAACUUUAUCAGGAGCGCUUUAUGAUUCUGGGUUUGAAAUCUACGAUGUGGUCCGAGAUGCAGAAACUGGAUCUAAUACCGAGGAUGGCAACCGCAACGAGGGGUCCUUGGCAGAGCAAGACGGAUGGAUCGACCGGGCAGUGGAGAUAUGGUUAAGGCGCUAUAAGUCGGCCAACAAGUUUGAAAAGAAAAGAAUAGCCGCACAUAUUGAAAGAUGCGAUAUUUGCCGCGCUGAGCAAGGGGAGAAAUCGGAUAAGCAAACGCUUUCUACUUCAACCGCUGGGCAAGGUACAACGAACGAACCUUUGGUUGUUAUCGACUCUACAGAUUCUCCGAAGUCUGUGAAAGUCACCAUAUCUAUUCUGGGAAUGACUUGCGGCACCUGCGUUGGCAAGAUCUCCGAAGCACUCGAGACUCAACCUUGGGUACAGUCCGUGAAUGUUACUCUUCUUACCAAUAGUGCCGUGAUUACAAUUCAGGACAAAAGCCACGCGGCGGAUAUCCUUCGGAUUAUAGAAGAUGUGGGAUAUGAGGCGACAGUGGAACAGCUCGAUGAACGCCCUGCCCUACUCGAGGCCGACCGCGAGCCCAAAAUUGCCACUUUGCGAGCGUCGUACUCUGUGGGUGGGAUGACCUGCAGUAGCUGUAUUGGGGCUAUCAAAGGGGCACUGAAGAACUUUGGCUGGAUAAAAACGGUCAACAUAAAUCUCCUCUCAAACAGUGCCACGGUCAUAUUCGAAGGGAAAGAUCAUCUGCCUGAGAUCGCGCGGGUUAUCGAGGACAUUGGUUACGAGGCUACUCUGAAUGACGUCAACGAACUGGACCGUACGCUAUAUGGGAAUCGGCGGAGAGAGAUCGCAAUUCACGUCAGUGGCAUGUACUGUGAUCACUGCCCUCUUCGGAUCAUUGGCUACCUGAAGCAGUGUGCUGGGGAAGUAAAAGUCGACAAACUAUUGAGUGUGACCGAUCCAAUCUUACAGGUCAGCUAUACGCCAAACGCCCCGGAUUUCACCAUUCGGCAUAUCCUGGCUUCGAUCUCAACGGCAGACCCUAAUUUAGAGGCCUCGCUUCAUCAUCCACCAACGUUGGAAGAGCGUUCACAAAAGAUCAAUGCUCGCGAACAGCGACGUCUUCUACUGCGGACCGCUUUUUCCGUCGCUGUAGCUAUUCCAACCUUUCUUAUUACGAUCGUCUUCAUGAGUCUGGUGCCGUCAGAGAAUCGUCUUCGGCAGUUUUUGAUGCGGCCGAUGUGGUCUGGUGGAGUUCAGCGGGGGGUUUGGGCUUCCUUUAUUAUGGCUUGUCCAGUAUACUUCUUUGCCGCCGACAUCUUCCAUCGUCGUGCAUUGAAGGAGAUAUUCGCACUAUGGAAGCCUGGGAGCACGACGCCUAUAUUCCAAAGAUUCUACCGUUUCGGAAGCAUGAAUAUGCUUAUGUCUCUGGGUACUUCUAUUGCGUUCUUCUCAUCUAUCUCGGAAUUAGCUAUGGCAGCUAUACAUUCGUCAAGUUUGGCAAUGAAAGCCAACCGCGCGAGUUAUUUUGACUCGGUCGUCUUUCUGACCAUGUUCCUACUUAUUGGAAAGCUCAUCGAAGCAUAUAGCAGAGCAAAGACAGGAGACGCGGUUACAAUGUUGACAAAGCUUCGACCAACGGAGGCCACACUCGUUGAUGAAGGCUCCGGACAACAGACGAGACAAAUUAGCGCAGACCUUCUCGAAAUUGGUGACACCGUCAGAGUCCCGCAAGGCAGCUCUCCCCCAUGUGACGGACACGUUAUCGAGGGCGAGGCUUGUUUUGAUGAAUCAAAUCUUACGGGCGAAUCAAGACCUGUGAAGAAGUCGAUUAGUGACGAGGUCUUUUCGGGUACCGUGAACAAUGGCGGUCCUAUCUCUAUCCGAGCCAGCGGCAUUUCUGGAGCGUCCAUGUUGGAUCAAAUUGUUGACGUGGUCAGGGAAGGCCAAACUCGACGCGCGCCAGUUGAACGUAUCGCGGACCUUCUGACUAGCUAUUUUGUACCAUUCGUCACACUCAUCGCUAUCUCUACAUGGAUCGUGUGGCUGGGACUAGGGCUGUCAGGCGCACUUCCACGUGAUUACCUAGAUAUCGACGGAGGAGGGUGGCCACUUUGGUCAUUGCAAUUUGCUAUCGCUGUCUUCGUCAUAGCCUGCCCUUGCGGUAUCGCUCUAGCCGCUCCAACAGCCCUCUUUGUUGGUGGUGGCCUAGCCGCUCGAAACGGGAUCCUUGUUAAAGGUGGAGGUGAAGCAUUCCAGGAAGCCAGUGGACUGGACUGCGUUGUCUUCGACAAAACUGGUACCUUGACACAGGGUGGUGAGCCCGUGAUCACAGACCAUGAGGUCAUGCCUGGUGCCGACGAACGUUUAGUUCGAACCGUGAUCAGAAUUCUGGAGGAGAACAGCAGCCAUCCAGUCGCGAAGGCUGUUGUCUCAUUUUGUGAGUCCCAAGAGACGACAUCGGUCCAAGUGGAAAACAUGGUUGAGAUCGCCGGCAAGGGUAUGAAAGGCACACUCUUAGCUGCGAAGCAGACUGUGAUGAUCAUUAUCGGAAAUGAGGCUCUUAUGGCUGACUACAAUGUCCAUAUUCCUAACACCACUGCGGAAAAACUUGGCACCUGGAAAGCUCAAGGGAAAUCGAUCUCAUUGGUUGCCAUGAAAAGUGCCCCAGGUGGUGAAACUGGGACACCACUUACAGACUCUACAUCGUUGGACUUGGUCAUGGCUCUCGCAGUUUCUGAUCCUCUCCGCCAAGAAGCAUUUCCUACUAUCAAGGCGCUGAAAAGGAGAGGAAUAGACGUUUGGAUGAUAUCCGGAGAUAACCUAACAACCGCAACCGCCGUUGGUACAAUGGUUGGGAUCCCCGAGGAAAACAUAAUUGCGAGUGUGCUUCCCGCGCAGAAAGCCGAGAAAAUUCGGUACCUCCAAAGGACAUUAAAGAAAGUCAGCUCUCGGAACGCUUCUGGAAAGGCACUGGAAUAUACAGACAGAAGGGCGACGAUCGCCAUGGUAGGGGAUGGGAUAAAUGACUCCCCAGCCUUAACAAUGGCAGAUGUAGGAGUUGCGAUUGGUUCUGGUUCCGACAUUGCUAUCUCCUCCGCUGAUUUCAUUCUUGUUUCGUCUCGGUUAGAUUCAUUGCUGACACUGAUUGAUCUCAGUCGCAUUGUCUUUAAGAGGAUCAAGUUCAACUUCGCAUGGGCGUUGGUUUAUAAUCUGAUCGCCUUACCUGUGGCUGCUGGAGUUUUAUAUCCUGUGAAAGCCAGUGGAGGUCACAUCAGACUCGACCCAGUCUGGGCCAGUUUAGCCAUGGCGUUAAGCAGCGUGAGCGUUGUCUGCAGUAGUCUACUUCUGAGGAGCAGGAUACCGGUGAUUGGAUUUAGGCUUUCGGAAGAUCGCCAAUAUGAUUAG